UUGACGCAAUGUUUGCACCAACAGGAAGCAACAAGACUAUAUGCAUGGCAGGAGGAAGUGUCGGUGUACAUGACAGUAUCAGAGCAGCUCACCCCAUCUUCCUGAGGCUCCACGUAGAGCUCAUCACCGAUCCUGGACAGAGAAUGGAUGGCUUUGGCCAGCACUGGACGAGUCUGAGGAACGCUGCCACGCACCGUCUCUCCUCCCAUCACCAUUGAUAUAAAUGGCUGUUGCUGAAGAGGUGUGACUAAAACAACAUUUGCGUCCUGAAACUACGGACGUUUGGUGAAAGAGAAAUUACAUGAGAGGACUAAAGUCGGGGACAGUUUUGUGUUUGGUUAAGCUUUGCGCCAAAACAACACAAAAAGAGACAGACUGCUGCUGAAAGCUUUGUGGAUUAUGGAGGAUUGGAGCCAGUAUGAAAGCGAAACAUCCAUGAGAAGAAUUACUAUUCUAGCUGAGGAAUUUAAACCGUAGGAGAUGGACCUGGACAUGUUAUAUUUACGUUGAGAAACUCUCAAGAAGAUAAUGGAAAAAGAUUGGAAUAUGAAAACAGAGGGAAACCACCAUCACAGGAGUGUUAAGGUCUGACAUGAAUCCAUGAGAAGAAUUACUUUAUUGACUAUAUUGUUGUGUUGACACUCAUUGUUGACUUGAUACACAGCAGUUCUGUUCCUAGAUGUCUCAGUCACAUGAUCCAAAAGACAAUCAGGCGAUGCUGCAGUCCAUGCUGCAGAGACUGAAGCUCCAGCCGGGAAAAGAGGCCCAGGCAUACCUGCACACACCUGUACCCACCACAGCUGCUUGGGGGCAAGGUGGAGAAAGAGGAGCCUCCAACCUCCAGAAAGUAAACAGCAGUCCUGUAAAUGGCUUUGAGCUCGGUAAAAAUGGUAUCCCAUCAAAACUGUUUGGGAUCUCUGCUGCGAAAAGUAACUUUGGCCUGAGACGUGGGGAAAUACAACUACCAGGCCAUAGCUGUGAAGUGGACAGGGGUCUUAUUUCCUCCCCCUCCCAGAAAGACAACAUUGAUGCUGACACGGGUGAGGAAAGGGUGUUGGGACAGGCGACUCAGCCUGGUAUCACCCCAACAGGAACAGGGCAGCUGUUUCCUGCUGAAUCACUUAAGGAUGCUGAUAUCACUUCCUUUGAGAGGACUGAUGGGGCGAGGGGGAGUUCUGGCGGUUCUGCAAUGUCAAGGCACAUCCCGAGCAAUAAUGAUGGUGUCACAAGCACGGGACAGAAUCAGGACCAGGACCAGAGUUUUACAUCCAAAGUCUACAUGUGGGCCUUAAAGCCCAACGAUGCACAUAUUGGCACACAAAUUCAAGAGAAUGAAGCAUUGUAUAUGGGAAACGGAGGAUUUGGAGCUUUGGCCAAAAAUAAGGACAUGCAGAUUGUUGCGACGGACAGCGGCUCAAGAAGAAAACAGCUAUCGUCUGAGAAUAAAACGAGGAGAUGGACUCAGAAGAUCAAGGAGAGAUGGAGGGACAGGCCGGGGAGUUUUGGCAAUAAAGGAAAAAAAGGAGGAACAGCAGACCAGAAGAGCGAUCAAAGACCUGAAAUUUCACAUCAAAACCAGCUGUUGACAGCGGAAAAUGUCAUCAACACAUCGAAUAAGGUGGAAGAAGGGACCCUUCCUUCACUCGACAGCAGUGAUCCCAGUAACGCUCCUCCUACACACACAGAAGACGGCACUGAUGAAGUAUUUUUGAGUUCCAGAUCAACCAGCGACUUUGAGUGUGGCCUGGGCUCCUUCAGCUUGCUGGAGGAGAUCGUCAUGGGUCAAGAGUGGGCCAGGUUCCUAAACCCCAACCAAUCAGCCGCCUCGGCCAAUCAGAGACCGUCAGAACUCAAAUUCCCACCAAAUCCUCAUGAUAGUGGUCAAUCAUCUCUGAUUUUGAACCAACAAGGAGGUGUGAAGAACCAGUGGGGCUUCAAGGGAACUGAGGCAUCCCCAGAUUUAGAUUUCAGCAGGGCACAAAUAUCGCCUGAUGCUUUCCAACCUGUCAGCAUGGACGUUUCAGAAGGAAAACAAGCUGCAGUACGCGACGUUCACAGUAAGGCCCAUCCAUCAGAACCAAUGGAGCAUGGACACACCCGUAGACCUCCUUGGUUUGUAGAGCCUAAAUUUAUUCUGGAAAACUCAGCGCUGAGGAGCAGAAUCUCCCUCAACAGGAAGAGACAGCAUCAUAGAGACGAGAUGCUUCACAUGGAGAGAAUAAGUGAUGGAGAAGAGGCAGACAGAGAGGGGUUCAUGUCUUCAAUGAGCCUAACAAGCAACCACGUGAUGGAGGAGACAGGAGAGUCACAGCGUAUUAACCUCAGGCCUUUAUACAUCCUAAACUCUCCUCCUCCAUCUCUCUCUCGUUUCACCCCUUUUGCUCCUGCACCCCGGGGUGUCCUCAAACACUCCAAAUCCCAGGAUUCACAGUCCUCAAUGGAAACUGUGACGAAAAGGAGGCGAGUUGAGGAGAACCGGCGGGUUCGUUUUUCAGAGGAGGUGGUUGCAAUAGCGCCCCCAGAGCUAGAGUCGUAUGCUACAGACUCGCAGGAGGAUUCGGAAGAAGAGGAGGACUCUGUGGCAGAGCAGUGUGAGGAGGAGCAGGCAGCGAUAGAGGAGGUGGCAGCAGCAGCAGCAGCACGCCGGUCUGCUCUCCCUGCCUGGAUACGGGCUCUGAAGAGGAGGAACACAAGGAGGAAGCACAGAUAGAGACUGCAAGACUGCAACUUCUUUUGGUUCUUUCUGGACACUUAACGUUUCUUAAUGCUCCUCAUCCGUCUCCAGAUCACCACAGCUCAAAAUGAUAAUUGAUCAAGUGUUGAGAGUAUUUCAAACCUUUGCAAUAGAGCCAGAAUUGUUUCCCCUAAGCUGUUUUUUUAUCCAUGCUCUUCUUUCUGUCUGUCUAUCUAGACUGGAUUAUGUAUUACAUAAUCUCAAUAUGGAUAAUAUAAGCAUAAUAAAAGUUGAGUCGAUUUGGUUACUGGAGUAAAGCUUUUAUCAGAAAUGCUGUGCUCCUCCCCCCCUCCUUCAAUGUCACACUGGCCAGCAGCAGACUGUCUCUCGGUAAUGGCUCCCUGUCCGGCCAUCCUGGGAAAUUAAUCCCAGAGGAGGAAAACUAAUUUGAGCUGAAGCAGUGGCUGCAGACUGUUGGUGGUUUCUGGUCGUCUGCUGCUCUCUGCUCAGCUCUUGAAGUGCUGAAACCUUAUUUUGAAGCCAUUUGCUGGCAGUCAUCACUUAUAGGAUAGUACACCCUGACAAUAUUAUCAGCCUCUGUUUACGUUUUUAAACUGUAGCUACAGUGAUGCUUCCAUUUGAGUGUUGCAACAUGGGAGACAGAGAAGCUAUAAGACAAAUAUUGAAGAAAUAGUUUGAUAUUUGGGAGAUAUUUAUUUGCUUUCUUUGUGUGAGCCAGAUGAGAAGAUUGAUACCACUCUCAUGUUUGCAUGAGAUUGUAUGUUUAACCCAGAUCCCUGCUGGCUGCUAGUCUGGUACAUAAACCCUGUAAAACCUCACCCUCAGUCUUUGUGCUAAGCUGUAGUUCAUAUUUACUGUACGGAUUGUUAUCCUGGAAAUGGGUGCUGGGAACUGUGUGUGUGUUUGUCGACAUUGUCCCCUCAACAUGAAAAACUAGAGAACAUAUUCAAAAAGAAAACAUCCUCCAGCCACAUUUAUCUAUUCUUCUUCUUCUUAUCUCCUCUUGCUGUUAUAAUAGUCUGAAGACAAUUUGUUCAGUCUGAGCACAGACGAGCUGCAGCUUUGCUUGAAAGAUUGACCAGAGGAAACAUUCAUAGAGUACUUUAUAGUGAUGUGUAUCAUAUUCUGUCAUUUCCAUUAUAUUGAUUUGUGUGAUUAAAUUAGUACAUUAAACUUUGUGGCUAACUGCUAUCCAUUCCUCUGCGGCCUCCCCUCACAGCUAUCUUCUCCCGUAAAUCACUGUCAGAGCCAUUAAGAGGCUCUUUAGCUGAUCUAUUAGUGCUCUGGUCACCGUUUAUAGUGGAGCAAUGGGCGGGUGGGGGGGGGGGUUACUAAAAAUACAGUAUGUGACGCAAAGAGCAAGAAAUACUGACAAUCACCUAAACCAGAGAAAUAAAUAGAGGAACAAAGAAUGAAAAUGCCAUUUUGGAUUGAAAGAAAGGAGAAAGAUUUGUCCAUUAGUCAGUACAGUAACAUCUACUGCAUGUCAUCGCAAAGAAGUGGACUAAUAAUGGACCAUUUGUAAACCUCAAACCACACACACAUUUAUCCCUCUGCAGACCCUCUCAUAACACACACACACACACACACACACACACACACCAUUAUUUACCAUGUCUUUACACCAUUUGGAGACUCUUUAGUGCUUUUAUUUGUGCAGGACAGAAAAGAAGGGUGGUGAGGGUGUGAACAUGACAUAAAAGAGAAAUUCUCCAAAAUGUUACGCAAAUAAUUUAUUCUCAGCACUGUUUUUUUUUUAUAUUGAACAUGUUUUUUUAAUUCUGGCUCGUUCGAGCAAAGCUAACAGGAAACGAGAAGGGGAUUUGUUCAGCUCUAAUAUGUUUGGCUGACAAACAUGAGGUUGCAGUUCAUUGUAGCUGUAAAAUGAAACUCUGACAAUAAAAUAACAUGUUUACUACUGUA